AUGAUGGCUAAGAAGCCCCCCAAACCAGCACCUCGCAGAAUCUUCCAAGAACGAUUAACAAUUACUGCUCUUCCCUUAUACUUUGAAGGAUUCUUAUUAGUCAAGCGUUCAGAAUACCAGGAAUAUAAAUGUUACUGGACAGAACUAAGAGGAACUACACUUUUCUUUUACACAGACAAAAAAAGUACAACAUAUGUGGACAAAUUAGACAUUAUAGACCUCACAUGCCUUACUGAUCAUAAUUCAACUGAAAAGAAUUGUGCAAAAUUUACCCUGGUUUUGCCAAAAGAGGAAGUACAACUGAAGACGGAGAACACAGAAAGUGGGGAAGAAUGGAGAGGCUUUAUUCUCACAGUAACAGAGUUGUCAGUUCCUCAAGAUGUGUCUCUCCUUCCUGGACAAGUAAUUAGACUUCAUGAAGUUCUAGAGAGAGAGAAGAAAAGGAGGAUUGAGACAGAGUGGCCAAGUACAUCUCUGAAAAAUGAGAAGGAAUCAAUUGAAGAUUAUGUGGAUGUACUGAAUCCCAUGCCAUUAUGUUUUUAUUCGGUAUCCCGAAAAGAAGCAACUGAAAUGCUUGAGAAGAAUCCUUCUUUGGGAAAUAUGAUUCUGAGGCCUGGUAGUGACAGUAAAAACUACUCCAUUACUAUCCGACAAGAGAUAGAUGUGCCAAGAAUCAAGCACUACAAAGUGAUGAGUGUAGGGAAUAACUAUACCAUCGAACUGGAAAAGCCUGUAACACUCCCCAGCCUUUUCAGCGUCAUUGAUUAUUUUGUGAAGGAGACCCGAGGAAAUUUACGACCAUUUAUAUAUUCAACCAAUUAA